AUGGCAUUAGUUGCUUUGUUGAUCCCCUGCUUUGUGAUCAGCUUUGAUGUCACCCACUCUUGCCAGAAUGAUGACAAUUUUGUGGGUGCCAGUUCUCCCGGGGACAUUGUCAUCGGAGGUUUGUUUGCAGUUCAUGGCAAAAUGCUACAUCCAGAAGAAUACCCCAUGAGACCAGUGAUUCAGAAUUGUGCUGGUUUCGAAAUUCAAGUGUUUCUUCAGACUCUUGCGAUGAUGCAUGCCAUUGAAAUGAUCAACAAUUCAACACUGUUAUCUGGAAUUAAACUGGGCUAUGAAAUCUACGACACUUGUGCAGAAGUUACAAAGGCCAUGGGAGCAGCUUUGAGGUUCCUGGCUAAAUUCAAUGCUUCCAAGGACACAGUAGAAUACAAAUGUAACUAUUCAGACUACAUACCAAGAAUUAAGGCUGUCAUAGGUUCCAGCUACUCUGAAAUAGCAAUGGCAGUUUCAAGGCUAUUGAACUUGCAACUAAUCCCACUGGUUAGUCACGCAUCAAGUGCUGAAAUCCUCAGUGACAAAAUCCGCUUUCCUUCCUUCUUACGCACUGUGCCUAGUGAUUUUUAUCAGACGCGAGCAAUGGCCCGCUUGAUCCACAGGUCUGGAUGGAACUGGAUUGGAUUAAUAGCCACCGAUGAUGACUAUGGGCGAUCUGCUCUGGAGAGCUUUGGGAUACAGGCCAUGGCAAACAAUGUCUGUAUUGCUUUUAAAGAAAUGUUGCCAGCCUAUCUCUCUGAUGGCACCAUUAAUGCCAAAGUUAAUCAAGCACUCGAGAAGAUUGUCCAGGAAACCAGGGUAAAUGUAAUCGUUGUCUUUCUCAGACAAUUCCAUGUAACAAAAUUAUUUAGAAAAGCAAUUGAGAGGAACAUACAUAAAAUCUGGAUUGCAAGUGAUAACUGGUCAGCUGCCGUCAAGAUUACUACCAUUCCCAACAUCAAGCACCUUGGAACAGUCGUGGGAUUUGCAUACAAAAGUGAAAACAUGUCUACGUUUCAUGACUUCUUGAAAACCCUGCAUUUGCAACCCACUGAAAACAACAUGUUCUUAAAAGAAUAUAGUGUGCUUUUGUCAACCUGCGCACAUGUGGAGGACCAGGAUUUGAACAAGUGCAUUUCAAAUUAUUCUCAGGAGAAUUUGAUCUACGAGGCUGGGAUGUGCAGUCAGAGCUGGAGAGAUGAUUUUCUGAGGGCCAACAUUGAGCCAGGAUUUAUCCAAAGUACUAUGCUCGCAGUCCAUGCUAUUGCAUAUGCUGUACGGGAGCAGUGCAAAGACAGAGACUGCAAGAAUCCUGUUGCUUUUGCUCCCUGGGAACUGCUUGAAGAACUUAAAAAAGUAACUUUCAGUGACAAUGAAAAAGAAGUUCAUUUUGAUGCCAAAGGAGACCUUAACAUGGGAUAUGAUGUACUUCUCUGGAAGGAAAUCAGUGGCCACAUGGUGAUCACUGAGAUAGCAGAAUAUGACCUGCAGGAAGAUGACUUUAUCUUCAAGGAUGAGGAGAAAGAAAUGGAGUUUCUGAAUUUAAAGACAGUUAAAUCAACGUGCUCCAGGAACUGUAGACCAGGGCAAAUGAAGAAGGUUUCAGCAAGUCCGCACACAUGCUGCUAUGAGUGUGUGAACUGCCCAGAAGACCAUUAUACUAAUCAGACAGAUAUGGAUUACUGCUUUCUGUGCAACAACAAAACUCACUGGUCGCCUGUGAACAGUACUACAUGCUACAAAAAGACAGUCGAAUACCUCAGCUGGAAUGACUGGUUUGCUAUUUUGCUAAUAAUCCUCUCUGGCCUUGGAGUUGUGUUGAUUUUUGCAAUUAGUACAAUAUUUACUAGAAACCUGGCUACCCCUGUCGUAAAGGCAUCCGGUGGUUUAACUGUUUGUUAUGUUAUUCUCCUCUGCCACUUCUUCAUUUUUGCUAGCACUGGCUUUUUCAUUGGUGAGCCCAGGGAAUUCAAAUGCAAAACCCGGCAAGCUUUCUUUGGCAUUAGCUUCGCACUCUGCAUUUCGUGUAUUUUAAUGAAGUCACUGAAAAUUUUACUGGCCUUCAGCUUUGAUCCAAAAUUACAGAAUUUUCUGAAGUGUCUCUACAAACCUGUUCCUAUUGUGGUCACCUGCACUGGAAUUCAAGUUGUCAUUUGCACUUUUUGGGUAAUAUUUAGAAGCCCUUUUGUUGAGCAAAAUUUCUUUAUCCGAAGGGUUAUUAUACUGGAAUGUAAUGAAGGUUCUAUUGUGGCUUUUGGGGUCAUGUUAGGCUACAUAGCUGCUCUGGCCUUUAUUUGCUUCAUAUUUGCCUUUAAAGGCAGGAAAUUACCUGAGAAUUACAAUGAAGCUAAAUUCAUAACCUUUGGCAUGCUCAUUUACUUCAUAGCUUGGAUUACAUUCAUCCCUGUCUAUACAACUACGUUUGGUAAAUACCGGCCAGCAGUUGAGAUCACUGUUAUUUUAAUAUCAAAUUAUGGAAUCCUAUGCUGCACCUUCCUUCCUAAGUGCUAUAUCAUUCUUUAUAAGCAAGAAACAAACACAAAAUCUGCAUUUCUCAAAAUAAUUUACAACUAUUCCUCCAAAAGUGCAGGCUGCCUUACGGUAAGCCAAAUUUCUUUGGAGUCUAACUGUACCACCCCCCAGUAUCCCAUCACAAACUCUUGCUGUAAAGCUGAAAAAACCUCUGUGAAUGGCAACUGCCACUUUGAAGUCUCCAAACAUAGUCUGAUAAGAGAGAACAUUCCUCCAAAAAAUACCGCUGGGACAAUAUCAAGGAAAAGACUGUCUAGCAUAUGACUAUGUAGCAUUGGAGCAGCUAGAUAGGGAAAGAGUAAUUUCAGGAAGCCAGCUCUUCUCCAGGUCUCCUGCCCCUUGGCUCUCCACAAGGCCCUGUCCCGCCCACAUAGGAUGCAUAAACAGCUGCACAUUGGCAUGACAAUUCAGGAGACAGCCAAAAAAAAACCACCCCACAAAAACUAAACACCACCAACCAUCACAUCCUAUCCUCAGGCAGAAAGAGGAGAGUGAAAGUGCUCAGAUGCCAGGGUGAUAAGUAACCAAAGAGACAGACUUGUAUAAAAAAGAAAGCCUUCCCCACAGUUCUGUAUCUGCAUUUAUUGUCAGUCCCUUUCUCUCCCCCAAAUCCUCACACACAGACUGUAGCUCCCAUGCAUUAAGGAGGGAAGAAUAUGUCAAGAGAACCUGUCCCAGAUUGCUUGUCCAGAGGUGUCAUCUUUUUCCAAAGAAGGAAACUCUGUGUUAAAACAUGAUAAUGGCACUUACUUCAACACUAAAGAAUUCCCCCAUCUCAUUUGGAUAAAUCAUUCGAUGGCUGGGAUCAAUGAAAAAUGUCAUGAAAAUUUUAGCUUUUAUAAUACUAGAAAAGAAGUCUUGAAAGAAAAAUGACAAUGAACUCUUUCUGACACCAAGAAACAGCACAAAGUUUGACUGAUAUUAAAUAAGAUUGUAAAGAACAGUUGGUUAGUUAUGCCAUUAACCUGCAAAAUUGGAAAAUAUCACUUUAUAUUUUAACUUCUAUGCAAUGGUAGUCCAGAAUUUCACAGAUUUCGUAAAUAUAACUUUGGGAUAGUGGGCCUCAUUCUCACUUA